AUGCUAGGGCGGCGCGCCCGGCGGCCGUCAGCGUCCCCCGGGGGGCAGGGGCUGCUGGCCGCGGCCGAGACGGCGGGUGGAGGGGGCCGGGACCACGCGCUGGCGGCGGAGGGAUCCCCCGACCCUUCCCCCCAUAUAAAGAGAUACAAUGUUUCCUUUUAUGGCGAGGCCGCUCCUUAUAUGGUGAGCCCCUGCGCCCCCGCCGCAUUGGUCCGUGGUUCCGGCACCUCCGCUCCCCAUUGGCCCACAGGGAGCGCUUAUUUGCAUAGACAUACCGAACUCGCUGCUGUCAUCCCGCGUCAGACGGCGACUCCGAAAGGGGAGGAGCCGACGCCUCUUAAAGGAACAGGAGAGGAGGCAACGACACUUUCCCACCAGAACGGCUCCCCGGUCCUCAUUCAUCAUCCUCUAUACUGGAGGGAUCUUUGGCAGACAUACAUCUGGAAAAGACCGGGGGGAGACAGUCGGCCUCCCAGUCCCCGAAGGGGGCAGGGAGACGAGAUGAAGAUCAGUGAAGACUUCCAGCUGCGGGCUGGGCUGGGGGAGGGGGUUGUCCCGGGGAUAAAGCCCACCCUACCGCCAGUGCAAAGGCCUGGGAAAAAAUAGAGCCAGACAGAAAGUUUCAGCAAAUAAGCCAGCCAGCCAGCACGCGCUCGCGCACACACAGGCGCCCGCGCACACAAACGCACACACGCGCGCGCGCGCACACACACACACACACACACACACACACACACACACACACACACCCUUACCCUUACCCUUCUAUGGAAAGCCCAUGAAGGGGUGGACGGUUAGGACUGGAGCGCUGCAAAGCCCAGGUUCAGGGUUUGGGUCUGGAUCUCAGCUCCAAGGCCGUGAAAAUAUCUUGCUUGGGCUUUGCAGUUACAGAAAUUACUCAAAUCUGGAAUCAGCCCCUUUCUAGCCUGCGCCUGGAAAUAAGGGUUCGACCUCUCCAAACUCCAUCAUAUUCCUCAUUGUUGGUACCCAUCCGCUGAGGUUCUUAAUGCAAAUUCCGAGAUAAAGGCUAAAGCAUAGAGUAAGUGGUCAGUUAAUAGGAGCUCCUGGGGUAAUCGAUUCCUCCCUGGAAUAAACAUCGGGUUGUUUUGAAGGGGAUGGGAGAGUGAUAUUUCCUUUCCUUACAAAUUUUUGUGAAGACUAAAUAAAGUGGUUGGUUUUGUUUGA